GAAUCAUGAAAGCCUCCAUCAUAGCCGCUGCCCUUGCCAUUGUUAUCGCCACCGUGGAUGCCCGUCCCUCCGGCCACACCCACCAAUCUCGCGGCCAUCGCAAGUACAAGGAAGGAACCAUUGCUAUUUUCGGCGACUACGGCUGGAAGGGAUGGAGUGUUCCCACUGCUGCUGAAUGUGCCGGUUUGCCCGCUUCCGGUAACUGCGACCCUGGUGAUAUCGCCUCCUACCCUCAGGCUGUUAUUGCUCAGGAAAGAACCGCCAAGUUCUUUGGUGAGGUCUGCCAGGAGCAAAACUGCCAGGAAGUCAUGACCACCGGAGACAACUUCUACAACAUUGGUCUCGAGAACUACCAGCACUUCAAGGAAGGCUUCAUCGACAUGUACACUGCCAAGUCUCUCAAGAUCCGCUGGAACCCUUCCCUCGGCAACCACGAUAUCGUUGCCAACACCUCUGUUUCCUUGGAGUUGAAUGCCCACAAGUACGACAGCAGAUGGUUCAUGCCCUCUCGUUGGUAUCAACAUGACAUUACUGUCAAUGAUGUCAAGUACCACUUCACUGUCCUUGACAGCUCUCCCUUCAUUUCAUCUUACCGCACCAGCACCACCUCCCCUUAUCACUCUCAAGAGCUUCUCAACACCAUGACCCCCGCCAUGUUGCAAGCUCAGAUUGACUACUUGGACAAGUCCUCAGCCGAGUCUGAUGCUGACUGGAAGUUCGUCGUUAUGCACCACCCCAUUCUUUCUACCUCCAAGAACUACACCAAGCCUGCCGAUAUGGGUGGUUUGUUCCAGAUUGUUCAGAAGCACAAGCUUGUUGUUCUUAACGGUCACGAUCACGUUCUCAGCCAUCAACAAGGCAACAACACUGACUUCUUCACCGUUGGUGCUGGAAGUUUGACUGCUGCUAGUGAUGGCAACAAUGGUGUUUACUUGCCCUACAUCAAGUAUGUUGCUGCCAACGCCACCUAUGCUGAUAACGGUAUGGCUUUGCUCAGCGGUACCAAGGAAGAACUCAAGGUUGAAUACUUUGAAUUGCUCAAGGGUGCCAAGAAACCCUCUUACACUGCUAUUGUCAAGCACAAUGCCCAUUAUAAUAUCACCAUCUAAGGUGGAAUAAUACAAGCGGUGGUUGCAUAAUUUAGCCAUGUCGUCCCACUGCCUUGCGCCAGUUGUAUUACUAUUAUUAUCAAAAUACACGUAAUGUGACGAAUUAAACAUAAAUUCAAAACAUCACUGAUUUUGGCUCGGUCCUAUCAGUUCGUAUUCAG